AAUAUUUACUCUUUACCAUUUACCCCAUUAUUUUUGACAUCUCUCUACAAUCAUCAUGCCUCCUUUCCGUUUUCGCAUUCCAUUCUUCUCCUCCAACUCUCCUUCUCGUCUCUCUUCAGAGACUUCUUCGCCAUCGCCACCACCGACUCCUCCUCCUUCACGCCCUCCUUUUCGUCCUGCAGGCAUCGCUCAACCGUCAAAGCCAGAAAAAAAGUCCAAGGUAUCUCCGUCACUUUCUAGGAGUAGAAGUAAUGUUGCGGCCCUAGCAGCUUCCUCGUCCUCGUCUCAAUUGCCUUCUCGUGGUUCAGCCACGCCAACCCGGCUGGUGAACCAGACUAACCAACAAUCUGGUUCUCCGUCAAAGAAACUGGAAUCUCUAAGGAUGGAGGAGCAAAAGGUGACGAAGAAAGAGAAGCCAUCAGGAGAAACUGAAAAAGUAGCUGGCGAAAAUAUCAAUCCGGUAAAAGAGAAACCUCCUAUUGCUCAUCAAGAAGAGCAUUUAGAACGAAAAGAAACAGAGGCAGUUCAGGAACAGAGGAAGAAGGCAGAAGUAGAGAGACUUGUGGUGCAAGAAAAUAAGAAAGUCCUUCCUGAAGGCAAUGGGGAGAAGUCAGCAUCAGAUAUGGGACAACAGAAGAGAAAAGAAAUCGAGAAACUUGUGCUACAAGAAAGGAAGAAAGUUCUUCAUGAAGGCAGUGGAGAGAAGUCGGAAACAGAUCAGGGACAACAGAAGAGCAAAGAAACCGAGAAACUUGCAUCACAAGAAACGAAGAGACCGCUUCAGGCGAUAGGUAGAGAAGAUGCAACGCGAAGCACAACCACACAACAAAUUUCGGCAGCAUCAGGAUCAACACAAGAACCGAGAGAUCUACCAGGGAGAGAGACAAAAACACAAAACAGAACAGAGAUUCACACCGAUGACAAUCAUCAGAAAACCAAAGGCGCAUCAACGAGUAAUCUUGGAAAUCCGAGAGUUGCAAAUGGACAGGGAUCAUCUUCAAUGAGCAGAAAGAUCAAAGAAGACAUCAAAGAUGGAAUCAGUAAGCUUACUUGGGGAAAAAGCAACGGCGAUGAGAAAUCCGUGAACGUCUAUACUCUAACUGGAGAAAACAAAGGAGCCACAAUGGGAAUAGGUUCUGAGAAAGACGGUGAGGUUCAUAUUCGCCGUGGCUACAGAAGUAACCCAGACGAGAGCCCUAACACCACAACCAUGGAAACCGAAAACCCUAAAGACGACGAAGCAGAGGAAGAAGCGAGGUUUAGGGCAUACAUAAACGGAAACACUCAAGGGAUAAACAAUUCAAUUGUAGUCGAGAGUUCAGUAAGUGAGAAUGAUCCAGGAGUUCAUAUGAGUUUAAAAUUUGAGAUAUCAAAAAAGGAAGUUAUAAAUCCGCCAGAGAAUGUGGAGGAAGAGAAGAAACCGGAGACGGUGACAGCGAGGAAGAAUGAGCCGAGAGUAAGGAGGAGAUGCUUGAGAGGGCUACUUGCGGAGUCGAGUGAGUCGGAUCCGGAUAAUCCCUUGAAGCCACGGAGACAUGGUUGCCGGUUUACUUGUAAAGACAAAGAUAUAGAGAACACUUCAAAAUUUAUAUUCUUACCGUCUGAGUUUGGCAACGAUGUGGAUCGAACGGUGGCUAUUGGUCCAGCCAAGUCGGAGUUUGCAAUGAAGGCUGAGAUCCGUCGUGCUGUUGAAGCCGAAGGUGUACCGUAUACUUAUGUGAUCAACAAUUGUUUUGAUGGCUAUUUCUUAGCUACAUUUGCUCAAUGUGAAACCAGACUCACUUUUCCUCCUAGAGAUAAAGUCACUAUCUUUGGUGAUGGUAACACUGAAGCUGUUCUAAACAAAGAAGAAGGCAUUGCUGCAUACACCAUGAGAGCGAUUGAUGAACCGAGAACUCUCAACAAGACUCUCUACAUCAAUCCUCCAAAGAACAUUGUUUCGCAGAACUAUAUCUUCGCAUUGUGGGAGAGCAAGAUUGGUAAAACUCUGAAGAAGACUUACGUUUCAGAGGAACAACUUCUCAAGAAAAUCCCAGAGUCUCCACAUCCUGACAUCCACUUGAUCUUCUGUUGGCUUUGAAUCAUGCCAUAGUUUUGAAAGGAGAUCAAACCUAUUUUACAAUAGAGCCUUCCUUUGGAGUUGAAGCUUCUCAGCUUUAUCCAGAUAUCAAGUACACAAGCGUCGAUGAGUAUCUCAGCCAGUUUGUCUAAAACUAUAGCAUCAUCAUCUUGUAGCAGACAUUUACUGUAAUCAAUAGAUUGACCAUUG